AUUGAUAACAUUUACGGUUUCGUUAUAACUUAGGACUCAAACAGUCGCAACAAAUAUGGAUUGAUGUAAUUAAUUUAUUAUAAAACUUUACCCUGCUAAAUUUCUAAAACUGACUUAUCCAUUUUUCAAUUUGAGCAAUUCCAUUUAUUAUUUGAAGGGAUGUUCAAUGAAAAUUUGCUGACUGAACGGCGAACAGUGCAGACUAAGAUCAGCCUGAAUGAAUUGGUCUGCACUGAUCGCGAAGGAUGAAGCUAUACUUACAAUCCCUAAAUCAAAGGGUUAAUGCCAAAAGGUAGCAAGUGCUGAUAAAUAAAGUAGGGUAUGGCCGGCACCUUUAGGCAGCAAUAGAAAAUAGCCCCUCAAAAUGUCUGUGUACGGAUAUGACCGUAUAAACAAACAUUUACUUAAGUCUGUCAUAAUAUUGGCUAUAAUUACUCAACACUGAAAAGCCAGAUGCUCCGAUUUUAUGUGUAUUUACAUUACAAGAGUUUAAUACAUUUCUGAUGUGUGCUGGGAAGUUAUAAUUACUAAAAUAAUACGCUUAUGAUAUUCACUGAUAGGAAUAAAUAAAUAUGAUGACUCAUUGUGGUUGGGAAGUUAAAAUGGAUCUAAGUGAUCUGAACGCAAUAGAAACUGUGUUCGCCAAUUUGGACCUAGAAGAUAAGUUAGCAAUAAACAUAACUGAAAUAAUACACAGUUUGGAAAGAAAAGGAUGUAUAAACAAAAUGGAUAAAUGUGCAUAUAUGCGAUAUUUUGCCGUAAAGCCAGAUGUAUCUCCUGCGGUAAAAAUUAUCAACUUUAAUGCCUUCUUAUGGCAGAUAGUUGCAAUAUUAUCAUUUACACAAUUGAUAUCAGUUUUUGAAGAUGCUGGAUAUAUAGCAGUCUGUCAUUUUCUGUGUGCUAAGAGAGGAAUACCAUUUUGUUGCAGAAAGGAAAUCGAAAAUGAGAGAACUUGUGUAUUUUACCAAACACGUACAGAAGAAAAUAUCUCAUUAGACACACUGCAUCGUUUACUUUCCAGUUUUAUUCCAAAAUCAGUUCCAAAACGUAUUUUACCACAUGCAGAUAACAUUCGGAGAUAUUACAUAAAACUAAAGGUUCUUGCAGAUAACAAUGGUUUCCCGUUAGGUACUCGUGUAGAAUUAAAUAAUAGAAUAGCAGAACUUGAUCACAUGAUCAGUGAAUGCAAAAGUUCUUGCAAAAGGCAGUAUUUUAUUGACAAACGCGCUAUUGUCUACUUACUUCUAACACAACAAUAUGCAGACUGUUGUGAGAGAAACCGUGUUUUAAAGCGUUUACAUGAUUCUAUGCCACAGGGAAAUGACGUCGACAGAACUAUAUUUGACGCAAUAUUUCAUUCAUUUAUGGCUAUUAACUGGGCAUCAAAGGGUAACGAUCACACCGCAGAUAGACACAUACAGCUUGCCAGACAAGCAAGUGACACGUGUUUAUCUUCCCUACCAGCGGUCGUCGCUAACACCGGUGCACACCUAAUGCAAAGUGAAAUGUGUCUCCGCCAUUGUUCAGCAGACGCCCUAAGCCAAGGAGAACAUGAUUACGCAUACGCUUUACAACUCACCAAUGACUUAACAGACGAAGAACGGAGCGUCUGGGUGAAUGUUAUAAUGGUGAGAAGAGCAUCAUCACUUCUUGGUAUUGACCUCUUCUGUAACAUAAACGAAAUACAACCAGAUUGUCGAACAGUAAACCAAGCAAGAAACAUUUUAACAAAGUUACGGCAAUGUAAGUUACCACUUCAGAAACGUCAUGAAAUGGUUGUGUAUUUGUGUAUUGGAAGGUUACAUGACAUUGAGGGCGACAAAUUGAAUGCUGUGAAAUACGUUCAGAAAGCAUUGUCUCUAGUGCAGGAUGGUACAUUCGACAGCGUAGAAAAAGCUAACAUAAAAUCUUAUCUUUCACGUUUGACACACAAAUGAGGUAAAAAAUCAAGAUGUGAGUGCUUUUUCACCAAACUAAUUGACAAUCACGUUUUUAAUUAAACAGAGUAUUGUUUAGGCUAAUUGUUUAAUAUAUGACAGGUUAAAUACUGUAGAGUUUCUUGCAACUACAUUGUUAUGAUAUUGUUUUCUAUAUGUAUACAAACCAUGUUUCAAAACAAAUUGAGUUAAAAUACAUAUAGCCUUA